ACAAUCUGCAAGAAAUCAUUGAGAAGGUAACCUGAGAAGUGCUGCAUCUUCUAGUCAUGGAGGCCAAGAUGUCUAACAAGAUCAGAGAAGUUGUUAGACUCCAACAAAUCUUGAAGAAGUGGAGAAUGCUCGCAACUGCAUCAAAGUCCAAUGGCAGCAGCAACACAAGCAGUCGCGGCAAGAGCAUCAAGUUCCUCAAAAGGACACUCUCAUUGUCAGAUAACUCUGUCAGGGACGCAUCAGGCAAUACCAUUCGGAAGGGAUACCUGGCUGUUAGCGUUGGAGAAGAGCAAAAGAGAUUUACAAUACCCACAGAAUAUUUGAGCCAUCAAGCAUUUCACAUUUUAUUAAGAGAAGCAGAAGAGGAAUUCGGGUUCCAGCAAACAGGUAUUUUGAGGAUUCCUUGUGAGGUGCCCGUGUUUGAGAGUAUCUUGAAGAUGGUCGAGGAAAAGAAAGACAAGUUAUUCUUUCAGGAAUGCAGGUUUAACAUGGAUGACAUCAUGAGAUAUUGCUCCCCAGAAAGCCAGUGGACUCCAUCUCACCAUCCUCAAAGCCCAAUGCGCAGAUAGUUCCUAGAAUCCCUCAACACUUCUGUUUUUCUUUGUUCUUUUUGCUCUUCUUUUAUUCGGCCAUGUAAGGAAGAGAGAAAAGAAGGGGUGUGAAGGGAAGAGACAUCAAAUAAGACUUAGAGUGUAUG